AUGUGUGCCCACACAAGAUCUGAAUUCUACGAGCGGCCAGUACACCGGAUCAUCGAUGAGACUGAACAAGUCCUAUAUAAUGCCCAUUCUCUUGUGCUCAAAUGCUGUAAUAAUGGUUUCAUAAAGCGCCCCUUGGUCAUCAUCCCUGCUGCUGAUUUCAGAAAAGUUCCAAGCCAAUUGGAAAGUUCUGCAGCCAACGCUUGUUGCUCAUGGGCUUAUUAUUUUGUGGUCAAUGAUCAACCAGGUAUAAAUAUCUCUUUGCCUCCCAUUGCCGCUAAUAAUCCAAUUCUUGGUUGGAUUGGGGGAUAUAUUAGUAUGCUAUAUUAUUGCUCACCAGAUGAUAGGUAUAAUGCGAAGUUGAUCGUAGAUGAAGUAGGAAUUGUCCCAUUGUUGAAAUUGUUGAAAGAAGGAAGAAUAGAAGAACAAGUCAUUGCAGCCAAGACAAUUGGGACUCUAGGAUGUAACUCGGAAACUAUCCAACCCAUCAUUGAUGCGGGCGUCUGUUUGGUGUUUGCGAAAAUCCUCGUUCAGGCUGAGGUGGCAUGGCCUAUCUCACAACUUGUGGCCAAUUGUCCCCAGUGCCGAGAUAUUUUUGCUCAACAUAAUAUAAUUCGCCUACUUGUUGAACACCUUGCAUUUGAGACGGACCAUGUUCAGAAUGUUGUUGUUAUGAACAAUGCCACUUCAGUCCUUGCAAUUGUAAUGGCUAAGACUCGCUUGGAUAUGAGCAAGGCGAUUGAUGAAUGCAAUAAUGACAAGCCAUAUCACGGUCGAUCUCCUCAUCAAGCGAAUUCCUCACUUCCAAGUUUUGAAGGUGAUGAUUUGGAAGACCCCAACGUGAAAGCCCAUAUCAAAGCAAUGGUGGCAAGAGCACUUUUGCAGUUGGCCAAGGGCAACUCUUCCAUAUGUUGUAGUAUCACAGAGUGGAGAGCAAUGACGUCCUUUGCAGUUCUUCUGGAGAAAGGAACAGAAGAUGUUCAGUACAGUUCUGCCAUGGCAUUGAUGGAGAUCACAGAAGUGGCAGAGCAAGAUACAGUUUUGAGAAGAUCUGCUUUUAAGCCUAGUUCACCUGCAUGUAAAGAAGUGGUUGAUCAGCUAGUGAAAGUCAUUGAAAGACAAGAUACUAACCUUCUUAUCCCAUCCAAGUUGUCUGAAGGUUCCCCUCACUCCGAACUUAUUGAGAAUGCAAGGUUGUUGCGAGUGCGAGGGUAUUCCUUUGCUAGAUUGAUUCGACAUCUGAGUGAAUCAGAAGCUGAGAUUUGCAGAGAGGCCUUAAUAGCCCUCAGAAAGUUUGCGUGCACUGAGAAUCAUCUACACUUAGAGCACUCCCAGGCCAUUGUAGACUUGGGAGGUGUAGAUCCCAUAAUCCAGCUGGUGGGUUUUGGAGAUAAAAUUGCUCAAGUCCCAGCAUUGAUCCUGUUAUGCAACAUUGCGCUGCAUGUACCCAAUGGGGAAGUGCUUGUCCGUGCUUUAGAUGUGAUAGAAUGUGCAACCAAGCAAGGUAACUUCACCCAAGAUGAAAUGCUGCAGAUAUUGAUACCUGAGUCCAAAAGUAGGCUGGAACUUUAUUACACCAGUGAUUGA